AUGUCAUCUUCUGCGACUCCCGCAAGACCACCGUUUUCAUCUCUCCCCCUAGACCCUGCUGGGCCGCCUGGGAACGCAUGGGGUCUGUACGGCAAAGAUGACCGCUUAGGGGCGCUGAACCUUCUCACCCCCACAGUCGUGGCCGCUGCGGCAGCAUCUGAGAUUCGAACUGGCCAACGAGUAUCACUGGAUUGGUCAUUGAAUAAUCCCUCUCAGCCAAGCUUCGAUCGGGCGCCAUUUGAGUCUAGACUCGUCAACCGAGCUCAUCCGAGUGGCGAGAAGAGGACCGUCAAUGAUGAUAUCUUGCACUUUAACACGCAAUGUAGCAGCCAGUGGGACGGCUUCAGGCACUAUGGGUACCAGAAAGCCAAGCGAUACUACAACAACACGACCCAAGAUGACCUGGAUAACCCAAAAAACAUUGGCAUAGACGGCAACGCAGCUUGGGUCGAAAAGGGCGGCAUCGUCGGCCGCGGCGUCCUCCUCGACUACGCCAGCUUCUGCGCCCGCCACUCCCUGCCCCUCGAUGCCUUCACCAGCAGCGACAUCUCCCUCGCCCAUCUACAACAGAUCGCCGCCGAGCAAAACAUCACCUUCCGGCCGGGCGACAUCCUCUUCAUCCGCUCCGGGUUCACGGCAGGCUACAACGCCAAAGACGACGCCGCGCAAAAGGCCGUCGCGGCGCGCGCCAGCCCGGACUUUCUCGGUCUCGAGCCCACGAAAGACGUGCUCCGCUGGAUAUGGGAGACGGGAUUCGCGGCCGUGGCGGGCGACGCGCCGAGUUUCGAGAGGGCGCCCAUCGCGGGUCCGCAUACGGCUGUCGGCGGCGUGUGGAAGGGCGAGGCGUGGGAGGAGGAGAUGCAGGGCGGUGGUUUGUUGCAUCAAUGGCUGCUGGGAGGUUGGGGAUUGCCCAUUGGGGAGAUGUUUGAUCUCGAAGCUCUGAGUUCGACGUGUCAGGAGCUGGGAAGAUGGACCUUUUUUGUGAGCAGCGUGCCGCUCAAGGUUCCGGGCGGUGUUGCUAGCCCUCCCAACGCCGUUGCCAUCUUCUGA